AUGCCUUCUUCCAAGAAUGCUGAGCUCAUGGCCUUCUCCCCUGCGAUAAUGACCAAGUGGAAGGCGGCAGCCGCCAAAGCAUCGAGAGACUUCCGCUCUGAUGUCGUCACGGUUCCAACGCCAGACAUGGUGCAGGCAACGGUGAGCGAUGAUAUCGACGAUGUUCACGGUGACCCAUCCGUCAAGGCUCUCGAGGCUAGGCUGAUGGAGUUGACUGGCAAGGAAGCCGCUCUCUGGGCAGUUUGGGGCACUCAAGGCAACCAGAUCUGCCUCCGAACCCAUCUUAGCCAGCCGCCUCAUACCGUACUUCUGGACUACCGUGGUCACGUCCAUUGA